UGACUGGGACACAUGACCCCAAGUGUUGUGUACACUGAGUCGAAUGCAGAGUAUUGUUUAACAAUGGAGAUCAAUGGGACUUUCAACUUUAGCCUGGACGAAGCCUACAAAAUCUUGGUGGAACACAGUAGAAGAAACACAAAUGUAGACAAGAUAACCGAGAAUGUGCUGAUAGCCGUCUACUCUCUCCUUAUAAUGCUGGGCCUGUUCGCAAAUUUGGUGGUGAGCUUCGUGGUUGCCCGGAGACCUCAGAUGCACACAGCUCGUAAUCUGUUCAUCGUGAACCUAACCCUCUCAGACAUGACCUUGUGUGUGAUCUGCAUGCCUUUCACUCUACUCAAGAUCAUCCGCCGCGAGUGGUCCAUGGGUGAACUCUUGUGCAAGCUAGUCCCUGUCUUGCAAGGGACCAACAUCCUUGUGUCCGUGGGUACCAUUACAGUAAUAGCUCUGGACCGUUACUUCACUAUAGUACACGCUCAUGAUGGCACCAGCCGUACUAGAGUGGUAUGUUCCAUAGUGUGUGUUUGGCUGCUGUCUCUUAUCGCUACUCUACCAAUAUUUUUCUACCAGGUAGUAGAGCCUUUCAAGUUCCAAGAAGUUGUCCUCUACGAGAUUUGUAUAGAGAGUUGGCCUUCUCAGCACUUGAAGGUGAUGUACUCUGCUGCCAUCUUGCUGGUCCAAGCAGUGAUCCCUGCGCUGGUUGUGGGAGGCGUGCAUGCUAGUAUCUCCUCUCACCUGCACGCGCACGCCAAAACACAACGGGACUCUCGGAGAGCACAGCGAGAGUUAGCCAGGAACAAACGCACUACUCUGCUACUAUCCGUGGUGGCUAUACUGUUCGCAAUCAGCUGGCUACCGCUGGGUAUUUUCUCGCUCGUCUCCGAGGUAGUUGCUCCACCUGACAGCUCCCAGUCACUGUACUUGACCUUGGCAGUGUGUCACGUGAUCGCCAUGUCCUCCGCGGUCUCCAACCCCGUCAUGUACGGCUGGAUGAACUCAAACAUCCGCCAGGAACUGAUGCAACUACUACCCUUCAAGCGGCGGCGCCCUGUGGUGGAAGAGGCUACGACUCGCACCGCCCUCCACACAAACUGCCGCAAGGAGAGCGUUACUCUGCUGGUCUACAACGGAGAUAGACCGCCUGCUCCCUCCAACACUGUCCUUACUGAGGUUUAGGCUUUAUACUGAAUUGAAGUUACUGUAUCCCGAAUGGAGCGGCCCGUGGUAGAAGAGUCUACAACUCAUACCGCCCUACACACGUAUCGUGAGAAUUUGAAAACAUUUAUGUUUCUAUAGUAUUAAUUGGAAAUCCUCUGCAAACUUAUAUGGAACGAAAUUAAAUUUUUGUUGUUAAUCAGUUUUUAUUUGCCAUCCACGAAGAUCUCACUGUUGCAGUAAUUGUUCACAUACAUAAAUAUUCAAAAUUAAAAAACUUAUUCAUGUGUUUGUAUUUUAAGGAAUUUCUGUAAGGUGGUUUAAAAUAAAAUACAAAACUUUGUACUAUUUGAUACCAACAUUAUUUGGUAUUAUUUCGUAGGCAAUACUUUUCCAAUAUUUUGUUUAUAUAUUUACACUUGUACAAUUUUAAUUUUUAUCUUAUGCAUAAAACCUAAAUGAAACCCAUUGAAAGGAAAGAAUAUAUAUUUAAAUGGUUAUUAAUGGUUUUAAGUCGAAGUAACUGGUUGGCAUGUUUACAGUUAUUAAUAUUUUUCUAAUGGUUAAAUAUAACCGUGCCUGUAUAAGGGUAAUAUAUAAGGAAGGCCAGAUAUAUAAUGCAGUUGUGAUAGUGAUUCAAUGGAGUGAUCCAUUAUCCAAUAUCAGCAACAAGCUUUGAAUAUUAUUUACGAUAUGUAUUCAUAAAUAUUUCUAGAGACUAUAUAUUGUUGUGUCUUUUGUAACCAUGUAGUUUUUAAUAAAAAUAUGUCAAUGGCAUAACGUUUACGUUUUUAAUUUAACUAACAGUCUUUUAAAACGUGAUCAAUGAUUCAAUGAAUGCUUAUCUCAUCGACCAAGAGACUUUGGACGACAUGCGAUGACAGCAGAUAACACCCAAAGAAACCCGAUGAUCUUGGUCCCAAGGAUUCAAAAAUUGUAAAAUGUGAUAAUAUAGGUGUAAAAGUAACUCACUAAAAAUCACAGACUUCAGGGAUGAUUUGAAAUUCAUAUGUUCAGAUUAAUGUUUUAACAGUAACUCACCUAGGCCUAACAAUUAUUAUGUAUUUUUUAGUGCUAAACCUUGUUGAAUUAUUUAAUGGGGUGUCACGGGUCAUACUUAUGUCAUACUUCUGACAUACAUGACUGUCACAAUAUUACAUUACAUGGUGAGAACUCUACUGUUUAUAAUAGAAAAAGUAAUUCUAUACCGGUAACUACAAGUAACAAAAAUAAAGUAUACGAUAAGUAGUCCUAAGCCCAUAAAAAAUAAAUAAUUGUUUAUUUGCCUUCAUCUAUUGUUAAGCCACAUUAGUUUUACCAUGGAAAUUCAUUAUUUGCGAUAUUGAAAAUUCGAAAAUAUAACAGGAUUCUCGAUAUUUAAGAUCACCGUGCUUUAUGAGAUUAGAAGACUACAUUUCUAGUAUUAUAGUCUCUCCUCUUCUAAAAUCGACCAGUCAGAAAUUGACUACAAUACAGGUUACACGUAAAAAAAUGUUAGUAUAGCUGAAGAAUAAAUUAUUUCUUAUUUUAAGUCUUUUGUCACCUGAAGAAGAGGUUACAAUCUUCAAGUCUUGGUCAUAUUAUUGUUUAAUAACGAUGGUAAAUGUCAAACAUCCUGAUGAAUUGGAUUUUUGUAAUAAGUUUUGGUCAAACUAUGUGGUGAACUGAAAAGUCAAUGCUGGCCAAUACAUCUAUCAGUAUGCA